GAGAGAGAGAGACGGAGGAAGAGCGACGAACAGGAUGAGAGGAAAGAGAAGAAAUCGGACGUAAAAAAAAGAAUAGAGAGAUGAGUGAAGAGACGGAAAAGAGGACGAUGAAAAGAGGUUAGAGAUGGAGAAGGAAAAGGAAUAGCGGGCGAUCCGUCCAUCCUUUUUUUCUUCAUCUUGCGGGCCGUCUAGUUAUGGGGCUCGUUUCCCAUCUUACUUUUGCUGUACGGGUACACCGUCCACCCGUUGGACCUGUUGGACUGACUCCACCCGACUCUCGGCCUCGACGAACACUCGACACUUUCUCUUCCUUUCCACCAUCUCAUCCUCCUCUUCUCCCCCCCGCUCCCUGGAGAUCACAGAGGACCUCCCUCUUUUCCAUCCUCUCUGAUCUCAUUCAGAAAUUCUUCUCCCUAUCGAACUCUCUCUUUUUUUUUCUUACAUCACCUGCGAUCCUCGCCCAAUUCUUGCCAAGAUCGCCCGCAUUUUAUUGGCCCACCGCGUCUCGGACACCAGCAGAUCGCCAGUUGAACUUCCCCUGCUCCCUUGCGUCCCCAAACAUUGGAAUAUUUCUUUAUUCGAAUACCUGGCCUCUCGAGCCCUCUUAUCAACCGCCAUUAUCCACUAUCAGACCCGCUCUCCGACGACGACCAUAACCGACUCGACUCUCAUCCUCACACGCUGUCCCGAUGACGAUAUCGUGAAUGCCCGUAUCCCAGCGCCCGGCUGUGAGCCCCUCCUUCUCGUUCACCAUCCGUCGAGAACUGGCUUGGUACCCAUAAUGCGGUGUCGGAAACGCUUCAAGAAGGAUGCCUGUUGAUUGCCCACGAGAUCAGACUGAACUUUGAUUGCUCGCGAGAGAAUUUUGAAAGCCCCUCUCUGCCCGACCGGACCCAUCUCAACGAGACGGGGCCCUUCGUGGUCUAGUUGAGGUGAACAUGUUUCCGACGGUCGCGCCUUUCCCCUCGGUGCAUCCUCAUCAUCAUAUGCACCCCUAUCCCACUCACGAUGCUUUACAUCAAUCUCCCUACGAAGUGAACGACCCCGUGUUUCCCGCAACGAACGACCCCUCCAAAUCCUUCUACAAUCUAUCUUUACGAUCACGCCUCCAACUGCCGCAACCCGUCCAACGACCCGAUGCUCGCGAUUCGACCACCUCUGGCUCCGACGCACAUGCUACGGCUGAGCAUGCGCUAAGGCGGAAAACCCCGAAUGGCACUCUAGCUGCUGGCUACGAUGGUACCCCCGGUGAUAUUACGAUCCAACCUGCGCCAAAGCACAUCUUGGUCUCGCCGAUGGACUCGAACCAAUUCUUAUCUCACGGCGGAAUACCGGGAGAUAUGUGGCAGCAGCCCGUCGUGGACCAUUUGGGUUCCGAGCAUAUGAACUUUCCGCCCGUGUUCAAAAACGACGGUAUCAACUUGAUAGCCUCCGGAGAGUUCGUCCAGGAUGCGAACGGCACUAGCUGGGUGCGUCCUGUCAACUACCCGCCUGGCGUCGACUCGGUCUUAAAUCAAAGCUUGCCUUUGCAGGGACAUCACCGGUUCAUCAUGCACAACGGUGCCUAUGUCCCGACCGUCCUUCCUGCAACUCUUCAGCAAUGUGUUGGACCGACUGCCUCCGCGGGCACUGGCCCAUAUGGCCCAUACUGGCCAGACGGCGUGUUUAUUCCAUAUCGCCCUGCAGCAAUUCGUGAUUCGCGUUUCGGCUCUCCUCAUCCGACUGGCCAACCUUUCUUUGACAUCAAUCAGCCGGGGUUUAACCAACCACCACUACCCUUGGGCAGUCGUCCGGAUACGUCCUUCGCCUGGGGCCAAUCGGUUACCGGCUUGCCCACGCAAGAUCCUCUCAUGAAACCUAUAUUCCCUCCACGACAUUCGGAUCAAUUACCAUACCAUGCUCGCGUCAAUCGAUCAGCGUCAGGGCUUCCGACAAUUCCAUCAAAUAACAACUCCAUCAAUUGGACUGGCCGUCCUUCGGCAGGACCCGGUUUCCACGGCCCAGGUCCAGCGGUCACUGGGAACAUUGAGUUCAAGGAGAAGAUACUCUCCUGGGCCCAUGGUGUUUAUGUCGACCUCCUUGCCACAAUUCAUCAAGCUCGCCGUAAUAGCAUCUCUAACAGCGGUGCUGAUGGCCACAGCCACAGGUUUUUGAAGCCGACCAUAUACCCAAAACCUCCCCGUCAGCCGGGCCUCGAUUUCUCUCAGAACCCCUCCGAUAUUCCCCGCCACAACAGCUAUCCAUCGAGCCAAUAUGAUCUACAACGGCAAAAACUUGGCCUGCUAGCUCACCCCAGGAUGAACGAUUCCAACUCUACGUCACUGGCACACAGCAGCGCCCACGGUCGUCGUCCAUCGUUGAGUCAAUUCUCUCAUCAUCACAGAGGCUCGGACUCGCAAAUGAGAGAUGCUGCUCGAUUCCCAGGAUCUGCAACUGGAUCUCGGUCCUCGGGGUCUCUGUUCAACGAAGGCUCUCCUGUCAACAACGCGGGAUCUGCUUUGGAAAUGCUUUCACAUCUUUGUAUGGAGAGUAAUUGGGAAUGGAUUGAUGGGAUGCUUCUAGGUGGCUGCUUGGCUUAUGGAUUGGGCGAUUACCACAAAGCUAUGCGGUGGUACUCGAGGAUUAUCGCUCGUGAUUCGACUCACGUGGAAGCCAUUUCCAACCUCGCCGCAACGCUUUUGGCGCUUGAUCGUCGGGAAGAAGCUCUGCAAAAUUGGUUACGUGCUGUGAAGUUACGACCGAGUUUCUUCGAGGCCGUUGAGCAUUUGAUCGGCCUGUUGUGCACGAGUCACCGCGGCAGGGAAGCUGUCAACAUCAUCGAUUUUGUACAAACAUCUCUUCGUCAUCCCAAAGAUGGCGAUUGUUUCAAGGCGGACGAGAAUGCCAGUGAGCCAGAGAGCGAUGCUGAGAGCAACGUGUCCGAUGUCGGGAUGUACGAUAAGGCAUCGUUCGACUACGAUGAUGAUAUGGGGCGGGUCCAUGGCCUAAACCUGGGUUCCCCCGAUGCGUCUACACCUGCUGGCUUUGCGACCAGCGGGUAUGCUAUCCCUGGCUCAGACAACGGGCGAAUACUGGCUCUCGUUCAUGCCAAGGGGAAUAUGUUGUAUGCCCUUGGUGAUAAUGCGGGAGCUGCAUCUGCUUUCGAGGAUGCCGUUUUGAUUGCUGCAGGCAGAAGGCGGCAUGGUAUCCAGAGCCUUAUCAAGCAGAUCUUUGCUGCCUUUUCUCAUCAACCCAGCAAUGGAUACCAACAGCCUGAGACAGAUUCUAAGGAGUGUGUUCUUUUGUACCCCGACAGAGCUCUUCAGACUUCGAAACUCGUCUUCCAGUCUAGUGGAACACCGCCUGGACUCAAAUACGUCGCAGAAGGCAUAUCCCGAAAUGCUGCCGUGUCGACUACCAGCAACUCGCUCCUUUCCCUGGCGAAGAUUUAUCAGGAUGGAAUGUCCACUGUUUCCUCUGGAGCCCCCAAGUCUGCACCUGGCGUGCGGGAUAUCCUCGCUCUUUACUACCUGUCUCUCUCCUUGCAACCGAGCCCAUCUACCGCCAACAAUGUUGGCAUCCUGCUGGCUGGAAUUCAAAACAACCCACCAGCUCGGGGGUUGAUCCGUCCCAACGGCGAGAGCCAGCACCCUGACAUACCCGGCGUUGUACCCGGCAGUGGUAUCUCAUUGGCAUUGGCAUACUAUAACUACGGACUGCACCUCGACUCUCGCCAUGCUCACCUGUAUACCAACCUGGGCAGUCUUCUCAAGGACAUUGGCCAACUCCAAGCUGCUAUCAAAAUGUAUGAGCAAGCCGUUCAGUGCGAUGGUAACUUUGACAUCGCAUUGGCCAACCUGGCCAAUGCCGUCAAAGAUGCUGGCCGUGUCAACGACGCCAUAUCUUAUUAUAAGCGCGCUGUCAAGGUCAAUCCCGAUUUUGCCGAGGCAGUAUGCGGUCUGGCUAAUGCGUUGAACUCGGUGUGCAACUGGGUCGGCCGUGGUGGCAUUAUUAAUAGUCGUGGCUUCCGUGAUCGCUGGCACGUGGACGAAAAGGGCAUGCUUCGUGAUGCUCAUAGCAGUGACUCGGGCGCUGGCUGGAUCAAGAGAGUCGUCGAUAUCGUUGACCGGCAAUUGCGUGAAGGGGAAUACUGGGGCCGGGGACUACUGACUCCAACCACGGCCGAGCAGCUCGUUGCUCAAUUGGCCACUGCGCUGGAUUCCGGUCGACUGGGAUCUAAUCGCAUGUUGUCCCUGGCCAAGGUUCUUCAGUCUUGGGCUGGCAAGAAAUGGGAAGGGUCCCGUAUUGUCCGUCUGGUCGAGCGUGCCAUUCGGUCAAUUACGUGGCAGUGGUAUCAGGAUCGCUAUGUCUAUGGUAAAGACUAUCCUGCUUCCAAGUACCGUCGACCUCAACUUCCAACAGCUCUCACGGCUCCGAAUGCCCCGACGGUACUCCCCUUUCAUACCUUCACUUGCCCUCUGUCUGCCAAGCAAAUCCGGCAGAUCUCCCAGCGAAAUGGUCUACGCAUCUCAUGCUCGACCCUGCGGUUGCCCUGGCUUCCUGCGACCGUUUACCGACCACCAGCCCCUCCCAAGCCGUACCUUCGAGUCGGUUAUGUGUCAUCGGACUUCAAUAACCAUCCUCUAGCUCACCUGAUGCAGUCCGUAUUCGGGUUGCACAAUCCCAACAAGGUGAGGGCGUACUGCUACGCAACCACUGCUAGCGACAGGUCCAUCCACCGCCAACAGAUCGAGAAGGAGGCACCGGUCUUUCAUGACGCCAGCGGAUGGCCUGUUGAUCGACUGGUCCAGCAGAUCGUUGAUGAUGGAAUCCACAUCUUGAUCAACUUGAAUGGCUACACGCGCGGAGCACGCAAUGAGGUCUUCGCCGCUCGGCCUGCACCUAUCCACAUGUCCUUUAUGGGAUUUGCUGGUACGCUCGGCGCAGAGUGGUGCGACUACAUCCUUGCUGACCAACUCUCCAUUCCUCCGGAAACUUUGAGUCCCGGACGGCGCACCACGCGGAUUGAGGACCGGAUGCUCGAAGAUGACAAUGGCGAGGACCUGGAAGAUUGGGUCUAUGGUGAGAAAAUAGUUUUCACCCGUGAUACGUUCUUUUGCUGCGACCACCGACAGAGUGCGCCGGAUGCGGGGGAGCGACCACUUUCUUGGGAUGAAGAGCAGAUGCGUCGAUGGCGGAUGCGCAAGGAGCUGUUUCCUCAGCUGAGCGAUGAUACCAUCAUCCUGGGGAACUUUAAUCAGCUGUACAAGAUUGAACCCACUACAUUUCGAACGUGGCUGCGUAUCUUGGCGCGCAUUCCCAACUCUGUCCUCUGGCUCCUGCGGUUCCCAGAGACGGGUGAGCAGAAUCUUCGGGAAACCGCCAAGGCAUGGGCUGGUGAAGAAACCGCUUCUCGGAUCAUCUUCACCGAUGUGGCACCGAAGAACACGCACAUUGCGCGGGCCAAAGUCCUAGAUCUCUUCCUGGAUACACCCGAAUGCAAUGCGCAUACAACAGCGACCGACGUUCUCUGGAGUGGAACUCCGCUGCUCACGCUACCGCGGUAUAAGUACAAAAUGUGCUCUCGGAUGGCAAGCAGUAUCCUGAGCAGCGCACUACCAAGCGGUGAAAUGGGCCACCGUGCUCGGGAGGAGCUUAUCGCGUCUUCGGACGACGACUAUGAGAACAAAGCAAUCCGGCUGUGCAUGGAUCUGCAAUACAUGCCUGGUGGUGAAGGCCGCGCGCGCGGCCGACUGGCCGACAUUCGACAGAUGCUGUUUCUACAGCGAUAUAAGAACAAGCUAUUUGACACGGCGCGCUGGGUGCGUGACCUGGAAGAUGCUUACGAGGCGGUGUGGGCGCAAUGGGUGAAUGGCGAAGAAGGCGAUAUCUGGUUAUGAUAAACACAGCGAAUUAUACCCCUUGAGCGCUUUUUUUUUUCUCUUUGGUUUGGACUGCACUUGACAUUUCUGAGAAUUUGGUUUGCAUCUACAUCUACCUGGCAAUUCUUUGAUCUAUACCGGAUUUUGAUAUGAUCUUUUUUUCUCACUUGACCUAACUUGUGGUCAACAUUCUCUUUCCAUUCUUCAUUUUGUUUUCAUUUAUCGAAUCGUCCUUUGGGGAGGCGACUUCCUUUUCCUUUUAAAUUGAGAUCCAUGUAUCUGUGUCUGCGCUGGGAUGUGUGUACACUUGAAGAGUGUAGCCUUUGGAAUCUAGGUUAUCCCUUAUUCCUAGCCGCUAUAUAGAAUACCUUUGUUUUGCAUCUGGUUGCGAUAGGCUUCAUUGAAGUCGGGAAUGCAUUCGUUUCCAGCGAUGGACAUUGACGGUCAUUUGGACUACACCUCGUAGGAGAUGUAACUGUCCUCGUGCGUCGUCCCGUCAUAUCACCAAUCACCCAACUCUGGUUCAUUCGGGAG